UAGUGAUGGCCUCGGCAAGCUGGUGCAAAGAAACAGAUGAAAAGAUCAACUACACCAAGCUUUGUAGGUUACUAGUCGAUGGAGGCACACAAGCACUUUGUUCUGUAUUUGAUGGGAAAUAUCUACCAUCUCCAUUGAAAGACUUCUUGAAUACUAGAAGAACACUACAAAAGCUGAAGAAACUAAAAGGGAAAGUACUGAAUAUUGACCAAUGGGACAAACUGUAUCCACCAAAUGGGAGCGACCCUCAAUCUAAAGACUUUGAUAUCACUUUACUGUUUGUUCUUCUAAGAAAUAUUUGUGGACUUACAGAACCAGCAACUGGAUGGGAUGCCUUACCACCUGUAGCAGACAACUCACUAGAGGCUAACCUUGCCAGGAUAAAGUACUACAGAAACAAUACAAUAGCACACAAACCAAGCACUGAAAUAAAUGAUGAUGACUUUAAACAAAACUGGCAAGAUAUCUCAUCUGCUCUCCUAUCACUGGGACUGAGUCAAGAUGAUAUAGAUGAUUUGAAGUCUGCUCCUUUGGGAGAGAAAGACUACAUCCAGUUACUCUACGAUUGGUAUAUAUCAAAUAAGGAUGUCAAAACACAGCUAGAGGAUCUGAAGUCAGACACAGCAGACCUCAGGUCAGACACAGCAGACCUCAAAUCAGUCACAGCAGACCUCAAGUCAGACACAGCAGACCUCAAGUCAGACACAGCAGACCUCAAGUCAGACACAGCAAAUAUUAAGGACAAAGUAGAUGACGUCUGGAAUGUGUGUAUCGAAGCACGACAAAUCAAUCAACAGAUCCAACAGCUGGCUAUUUCCGACUUUAGACCAGAAAUAAAUACAAAAUGUAAGGUUUUCCACCCAAACACUCGCCAGUGGAUUCUAGAUCAAGUCAAAUCCCAUGUUGACAGUGACCAACCAGACUCGUGUAUAAUGCUAAUCACCGCUGGUCCAGGUAUGGGCAAAUCAACUCUUGCUGCUAAGAUUUGUCAGACAUACGAGGAUCUUGGAUGUCUUGCAGCAUGUCACUUCUUUCAGUUCAGUAACGCUACAAGAAACAAUCCAAGGUUGAUGUUGCAGUCUAUAGCAAGGCAGAUGUGUGACACUGUUCCUGGUUAUCGAGAUGCCUUAGUAAGCAAAUUGCGAACAGAUUUGGGUAAGAAGGUUUCCGAGAUGAACUGCAAAGAGCUGUUAACCAUUUUGCUGGAGGAACCAUUGUGUGAAGUGGAACAAAAAGACUCUCACUUGGUCGUUGUUAUAGAUGCUCUAGACGAGUGUUCGCAUGAUCCAAAAGAUGAACUACUGAAGGCACUAAAGGAAAAACUUUCAUGCUUCCCUUCAUGGCUUCGGUUUAUUCUAACCAGUAGACCAUCAACAAAUACCUCUGCACUUGAUUCAACUGUUGCUGUAAAAAUAAGACCAGAAGAUGAAUCUAAUAUCAAAGAUCUUAAAACAUUUUUGAGCUUCGAGCUUAAAGCCCUCAAUCCGCAAUGCGACAAUGACGAUAAUGCAGAUCUUGUAAAGAACCUAGUGGAAAUGACAGAAGGUUUGUUUUUAGUUGCUUUCUUUGUCAUCGACUAUAUGAAAAGAGAAAAUGUUGCAUCACUGGCACCAGAGAAAGUUUUGCAGCUGUUUCCUAAGGGGAUCUCAUCAGUUUAUGAGAAUUAUUUCUCUCGUCUUAAAGAAGUAUUAUUACCUUUCAUAUCAGACAAGGAAGGGUUCUACAAGAUGCUUGAAGCUGUUGUGGCAACCAGAAACCCUUUGCCAAAGAACAUGUUUUACAAUAUUCUUUGUCUCAAGAGCGAGCGUGAAGUCCCACGCGAAGAGAAAAUGAAAAGAAAAGAUGCGUUGAACUCACUCCAUUGGUUGUUUCCUGUUGAGGGGGAUCACGUGACACCAUUUCACAAAUCAGUAUUUGAUUGGUUGAUCCUUCAAGAAGAUAAAGAACAUAACUUCAGUGUUCUUGUAGAAGACGGGGAAGAAGUACUUGCCAGUCAGUGUAAUGAUGUCCUGAGUGACAUACGAAACGGAAAAAAAGAUCUGGACAAACGAUUGUAUCUCACAGACAGCGAGAAGUAUGCUCUAAACUUUCUUUGCCACCUUGUAGAUAAACGCUCAUCAGUCAUCAAAGGAGAUAAGUAUGGGUUCUUUUCUAACAUUUACCUCUUGACUGCAUUAACGACUGAUCAUAAAAAAGAAAAACGCUUUGUUGAUUCCAUUAGUGGCUGUGAUAUCAUAUCUAGUUCUUUACUGGAAAUAAUUAAAGAUUUGACAUUUGGUUUUCGCAUGAACAAUAUAACUCUCGAAGAUCAUCCUAACUUUUUUCGUGACAUUUCAUAUGGUUGUAACCUUGGAUUCGUUCUUCAAGCUGCACAUGCGAAGGAAGUGAUUGUCGAAAUAACGCCAAAACCACUUUUUCCUUAUUUUGACGAGGACAGUUUAUUGCAGACUCCAUUAUUAGAAACGACAGGAUCGAAUGCCUUACGACUUGAUCCAAUGACCCUAUUUUACCUACAAUAUCUACUCAGAUGUAAGGAUGGGUUUAUAGCUGUUCUACCCAUUUCUUGUUCAAAUUCACUGUCAACUGAAGUAUAUACGUUUCAACUUGAUGGACGCUCUAUCACGUCGAAAUCCUUUCUUGGCAAAAAGCUCAUAACCACCUCUCCGAACAUCAACUUCAUCGUUGUUGCCCAAGAAAACGGGAACAAGAUUGAGAUAUUAGAUGCAACAACACUUGAAGUGACCAGUCAAUACGAGUCUCCUCAUGAUAAAAUACAAACAUGUUACGUGUUUGGAGAUGAUCAGGCAUGCUUCGUAGUCAUCAAGGGUUGUUGUGGCAACAAGGUCUACGUCAUUGAAGGACUAACGGGACACGUACAUAACACCAUUACAGUGAGUGAAGAUAGUACUGUAAUGGACGUUAGCUGCAAAGGCCAUAUUGUGGUGUCAAGAACAUGGAUAUGCAAUGGGCCAAGAAGAGGUAAUCUUUUUACAAUUAGAGAUGGUGAAGUAGAGCGGAUGAAUUGGAUUGAUCAUGAGGGGAUUACAUACACCAAUCAAGAACUGCUCCUGUAUCACUAUGCCAGGGCAGAGGGGCUCAAUUCCAUCUACCCAUUUACACUAGUAGAAAAGAUGAGUGAACCUCCGUUUCACCAAUCUCCCCGUGAAAGUAAUGUAGAAGACGUAAUUCAUUCUGAGGAUGGUCACCUUCUUGCAUACCAUCAUAAAAAUUCCAUAUUUAUAGUGAACACGUCAGAUGGCUCUUUGCUUAAAAAAUGGGCAAGUGACGUAUUCUCGCUAGAGUGUCCUAACUUUUUGUUCCUAUCACGGUCAUAUCUCGUGAUCACUGAUUUAAAUUUCAUGUCCGUGAUAAACGUCCAAACAGAUAGGGUUGAGCACAGAAUCUAUCUUCCAUAUCCUGCUUUCCCCGCAAAUAGUAAACAAUACCUUCUGUUACCAGAAGAAGAUGGCAAGUCCUUCAACUUGAUCAGCAAUUAUCGCAAAGGUCCAUUUUAUGAAGUGUCAAGACUUGUGUUCCAUAAUUUAAACCUUCAAGGUUCAACAAAUUUGACAAGUUUACGCGUGACUACAAACGUAAUCUUAACAAAAUGUCACUGACCAUAGGAAGAAGCUGACAGUCAUGUUACUGACCAUAAGAAGAAACUGACAGCCAUGUUACUGACCAUAAGGAGAAGCUGACAGCCAUGUUACUGACCAUAAGAAGAAGCUGACAGCCAUGUUACUGACCAUAAGGAGAAGCUGACAGCCAUGUUACUGACCAUAAGAAGAAGCUGACAGCCAUGUUACUGACCAUAAGAAGAAGCUGACAGYCAUGUUACUGCUGACAGCCAUGUUACUGACCAUAAGAAGAAGCUGACAGCCAUGUUACUGACCAUAAGAAGAAGCUGACAGCCAUGUUACUGCUUUUGCAUUUAGUUAACCUUUAGCCUUGCUCACACGACUUGAAAAAGGAAAUAACUGUUGACUGCGGGCUCAACAAAAAGUCCAUAUAACUGAAGCGAACAUGAUGUGUUAUCAAUAAGACUUAUGUCAUCGUUUUUUGACGAUAUGGCGAAGCCUUAAUUAAUGUGAGCUAUAUAGUGCCUUCAAAGCGUAUUUAAUUGAGUUAUUCUCUAAGAGGUCACAAAUUCAUAGAUACGACACUAGAAAUAGACAGUCUCCAUCUUUCUAACGGUGUCGGACAGUUUUAGAGCAACAAUCGUCUUUCUAUCGCGGCACGUACAUCUGGAAUUUUYUUUCUGAUGAGCAUCGUAACUGUCCUUCUGUAUCUUCCUUUAAGCGUAAUCUUCAAUCAGCGUUGUUGCGCAACUGGCUAAGUAAUUAUUUUUAAUGCCUUGCAGAUUUUUUUCUUUUUUCUUUUAUUAAUUAUUUAUAAUUGUAGUAUAGUAUCUUAUAGUAGUUCGUCCUUAUUAUUAUUGGUAGGCAUUAGAUAUUCGAUAACAGUGGAAGUUCAUUAUCUUUCUAUUUCAAUUUUAUUGYRAUUUUUGAUACUCUUUUUAUAGUUUUAUAGUUGUGAAGAUCCCCUCAGGGAACCUAAUAACGUCUCYUGUAUUGUAUUGAAUUGUAUCAUACCUGGAAGAUAUACACCUAUUUCAAUAAACGCGUUGUCAUCGCCAAAGGCAAUAGGCGAUAGGUCAUUCCGACAUGGAAAUGGUUUCGUUGAAUACAAAGAACAUUGAAUCAGUCUCAACACUAAGGUCCACGUUCUUGACGAGAAUAAGAAGCAGAAACACAAAUCAUUCCAGCUAUUCUUGGAUUUUGGAAUGACCUAUCUCCUUUCGCCUGUCACCUAUCUCCUUUCGCUUAUUGCCUUUGGUGAUGAAAACGUUUAUUGAAAUAGGUGUAUAACGUAUGUGUAUUAGAUACGGAUUGAUCCAAUAGUAAGACCUUUCCCGAAUGCAUGCGCAUGAUGAAUGACCACGAAACAAUGRYUCCAUGUCGAGGUUGGACUUGGUAAAAUACAGUGAAUGAAUAAACACAUGAAGUCUAACCUCGACUUGGAGCCAUUGUUUCGUGGUUACUCCAGCGAAUUCACGAAAGGUCUAUUAGCAUUGCCUCAGACUUCUUAUGAUUGCUAAUAAGACUGUUUCACUUUAGCCAAAUGUCAAUACGAUAAGGUCUUGAUUAACUUUCUCUUCGGCUAUAUUAAUGUCUUCCGAGCAAGAAUAUAUCUCGGUAUCAUCAGCAUGCUGCAUUACAUAAUUGUUUUUACAGGCAUCGGAAAUCCCAUUAUUUUGUAUAUGAAAUAGAGUCGGACCAAGGACCGACCCUUGAGGGACUCUAUGGGUGAUCUUCAUCUGUUGAGAACAUUUCUGGCCAACAUGCUUUUAAAUUGGCGGGAAGACAUCGCACAGUUAUUUCAUUUUACCUAGAAACUUGAUUGUACUAAAUGGAAAGCUAAAAAUCAGUGGCUCAAAAACGAUGAAGAGAUAACGCUGACAUUACUAUAUCCUAUACUGUACACCCUUAGCCUUAUCCUAGAUUAAAAUUAUGGACAAUGCUUGAAGUUUUAUUUUAAAAUGUUGAAAAAAGUUAUAUAUAGACUCGUCGUUCUUGAAGUUUAAAAUACUCGUAUCUUCAUUUASUCUGUCCGUAUUUUCAUACUAGUUCAUAAUUUCAGUACUAAUUUAAAAGCGCUUAAGUAAAUGGUUCAUACGAAAUAAGGACGCCAAACUAGAAACAAAGUCAAUAAAGCUCGCUAAAAGCCAUCUUUAGGAUAAGAAAAGUGCUCUUAUAGAAUAGAGCUACUGGCAUUGUCAACGAUAGAUCAACAUUCCAAGUCAACUUUACAGAUUAGAAAACUAAAAUUCUAUGACAUURAAUGUAAUUAAUGAAAKAUGUCAAGYUUAUAUAAAUAUUACAUCAAA